ACUACUUGCAGCACUUCCGAUGUUCAUCCUCGCAUUACUCAAAAUACUUAAAAUUCGCCGUGAUGUUGAUCACUUUCUGAUAGGAUUCAGUUUCCUACUAUGUUCCAUGGGAUUCGCCACUAUGUACCGGGGUUUCAAUAUCUUCAAUGCUUCAAUAUCUUUUGGUGUGACGAUAGCACUAACUACAUUUGUGAUCGUUUUGGCUUUAUACCUGCGAAAUUCAUCCACUGCUUUGACCAUCACACUAUUCGCAUUCAUGUGCGUUUUGGUGAUCACUGGAGUCAUUGUGUACGUUGUUCAGAUCAUACUACAUGUACCUCAGCGGAUUUACACAAAUACUAUUGCAGUUUGCUUCGGCAUUGCUGUGGUUUUA